CGCUGGGCCCGCGGCGCGCUUGCGCAAAAUGCAAACCGGCAGGCGGGGUUCUUUCCCCCGGCGUUUUGGCGUCCCAGUGCCGGGCAGAGCUUCGGGGGACCGGAGCCUCCCGUAGGGAUGGAGAAAAGAGCGAGCUGCCUCAGGUAAACAUGGAGUAGACAGAGUUGGAUUUCAUCAAGAUUAGUGGCUUUGCAAGAUGUGAAAAUGGGGCAGAGAAGUUAAGAAGCUUGCUGAAGGCUACACAGUUAGUAAGCAGUAGAGACAAGUUCAAAACCAGACUUCUAUAAGGAUGAUGAUUCAUGGUGAUGGCUUGCAGGGUCAUAGACAAAAGAAGGCACAUGGGACUUCAGCAACUUUCAUCGUUUGCAGAAACAGGAAGAACAUUCCUAGGCCCAGUGAAAUCAUCCAAAUUUAUUAUAGAUGAAGACUGUCAUGAAAGUGUGAUAAUCAGUUCAACAGUACGGCUUCUUGAAAGUUUGGAUUUAACCAGUGCAGUGGGACAACUUCUCAGUGAAGCAGUUCAAGCACAAAAUAACACAUACAGAACUGGAGCCAGUACUCUUUUGUUUCUUGUUGGUGCAUGGAGCAGUGCUGCUGAAGAAUGUGUUCAUUUGGGUGUCCCCAUUUCAUUGAUAGUGUCUGUAAUGUCAGAAGGCUUGAAUUCAUGCAUUGAAGAGGUAGUUUCCCUUCAAGUGCCUGUCCACAAUGUCUUUGACCAUAUAGAUAACACAAAGACAUUUUCUGGACUUGAAACAUUUGGUGUCAGCUUGUACCCUUUUCUACAGAUCCCUUCAGGUUCCGAUUUGAUACAGAAAGAACAUGAUCUCAGAGAUGUUGCCUCUCAGUCGUUGGACAUGUACAGUCUUUCUGGGAGAACUCUUAAAUCACCUCAACUCUUUAGGUCCCAGGCUAAGGUUGAAGCAGAUGAAAACACAUCACAAACUCUUCAGACUCUGAAAAGCAGUCUGCUUGCAGACACCCACUGCAGAAAGUCAAUACUGACUCACAGUAGACAUUUUAGCAGGACAGAUAAUAAUCAGUGGAUAAGCAAACCAGAUGGAUUUCUAGAACAACUUAGUGCAGCGACUCCCAAGACUUAUAGAUGUAAUGAUUUGGUAGAGCUGGAGGUGGGUUUGAGUCACGGAGAUCACAGCAGCAUGAAGUUAGUAGAUGAAGCAGUGCGGCUACAAUAUCAGAACGCAGGUAUGCAACAAGGCGGCUGUACAAGGCCAUUUCUUUUUGACAUUUCAAGAAUCUUCACCUGCUGCUUACCAGGUUUACCUGAAACUUUUUCUUGUGUCUGUCCAGGAUAUGUCACUGUUGUAUCAAUAUCCAGUACUACUCUGAUCAAGGAAUGGCAGGACCAGCCUGUCCGGGUAAUUCUUAUUGAGGGUGACCUCACAGAGAAUUAUCGCCACCUGGGAUUUAAUAAGUCUACAAAUAUUAAAACAGUAUCAGAAAGCAUGAAAGCUCAACAAGGCAGCUCAGAAGAACUGUGGACAGAUCAUGUGUUACAGGUAUUAAGCAAGUUCAAUGUGAACCUUGUCCUGGCACAAGGAAAUGUAUCUGAACGCUUAACUGAAAAAUGCACACACAGUAAGCGAUUGCUGAUUGGGUCAGUGAAUGGCAAUGUGAUGCAGGCUUUUGCAGAGGCUUCAGGAGCAGUGCAGGUGGCCUACAUUACACAAGUGAGUGAAGACUGUGUGGGCAGUGGGGUCUGUGUGACCAUCUGGAGAAGCAUUCCCUUCGAUUCUGUAGAUUGGAUCAACAAGAUGGCAAUCCUGUUAAAAACAGAAGGAAUUAGUUUGGUUACAGUAGUACUAACUAGUCCAGUCGCUGCUCACAUGCAAACCAAAGAAGAUAGGUUCUGGACUUGUGCCUAUCGUCUGUAUCACGCUCUGAAAGAGCAAAAGGUCUUCCUCGGAGGUGGCGCCGUUGAAUUUUUGUGUCUUAGCCAUCUUCAGAUUCUCGCAGAGCAGUCUCUGAAUAAAGGAAACCAAGGCUGUUCAGGAUGGCUUCAUAACACGUCCUCUUGGCUGGCCUCAUCUGUGGCACUAUACAGACCGACCGUGCUUAAAUGCCUGGCAGAUGGGUGGCACAGAUACCUUUCAGCCCUCCUGUGUAACACUGCCAGCUGCUCAUCUGAAUUUGAAGCCAGCACAUUCAUUCAGCAUCAUCUACGCAAUGCUGCAGACUCUGGCUCUCCUUCAUCUUACGUCUUGAAUGAAUAUAGUAAGCUAAAUAGUGGAAUUUUAAAUUCAGGCAUUUCAGGUAAACUGGAACAGAUUCCAAGAGUUUAUGACAUUGUUACACCAAAGACUGAGGCCUGGCGCCACGCUUUGGAUUUAGUACUAUUAGUACUUCAGACAGACUGUGAAAUUAUCACUGGACUUGGACACACACAGAUAAAUUCACAGGAAUCAGAGAGCUUUUUAUUUUUGUAGUGUUUCUGGCUACAUCUUUGGAAAAUAAUCAUUGUGAUAUGUCAUGCUAAUAAAUUUUCUAGUAGCCAAGUCACAGUGUCUAAAACAGCAGCUUUUACCAGGAAGGAAAUAAUUGAUGUGUGUCAGUAACUACGGAGUACGGGAUUUCACCCUUUUAUAAUCUAACAAGUUAGCCUGUAACUGUUUUGAUUUGCGUCAGUUCCCCAUUUCUCUAAGUCCCACAAGAGCAAUACAAAGAGCCACUGAUGGAAGCCUGCACACGCAGUAUGUUGUGUUACGGAAGAGGAACGCUGAGCUUGGGGUAGCCACUGCUUUUAUAGUAAGCACAAACAGUCCUGUUUUUUGUCCAAGGGUAGCUGUGACCUCAUGCCUCAAGGUUGCUCAGUGUAAACACAAGCCUGAGACGUGGACUGGGUAAAGGUAGGCCAUGGCACACAGAGAAGGUACGCAGUGUCACUCAGCGCCGUAGUGGAUAGCCUCCUCCAACAGGGAUUUUCAUGUGAGUAUGCCACUCAGUCGGCUGCUCUGAUUAAUCUGGCAGACAGGUUGCUUAGUCAAUACCAAAUCCAUUCAAUUGGUCUCAUAUACCAAUUAAAUUAAGGCUCCUAAAACACACUCUGAGCAGCAGGAGGAAGCCAGUCUGCAGUAUUGACCUCACUCAUGUUCCCUAAGGGCUUGAAUUUAGCCAAAUGUAAAUUUCAAGGGAGGACCAGGAGGUCUUUUUAUUAACCAGAAUGUAGUCUAAGACCAAUUUGUUGUCCAUUAUGAACCAUGAAAGGGACCUUUGGCUGACUUGCCUGUCUUUGGUGUCAUUGCCAAAAAUUACAGAAGGCAAUAGUUGGGCCAGCAGGCGACUCCCAUCCCUAGUGGAGAUACCUUUGUGGCCCAUUUUCCCCGCAUACGAGCACAUAACCCCAACAGGCUCAGGUCACUGUAUUUCAGGAUUUGUUGUUAAACCUGAUUUGAAUCACCAUUUUAUAAAUUUGAUUGUCACAUAGGUAGUGUCACCCAGUAGUUGCAGCCUCAGUUGCCAUGUAUGACAAAAUCCAAGGCCAUUCAGACAUUAAGAGAAGCAUAUCAUCAGUCAGAUUGAAACAAGGUUGCCCUGGUCCCUGUGUUUGUACGUGUUCUUACCUUAGAGCUGCCAUUGAAGGCAUCUCGUCCUGCCUCCAGUGUUAAAUAAGAGGCAUAACAAGGAGUUGAGCCUUCUUUGUGGUGGUGGCUUGGUGGUGGUGAAGGAGACAGCAUUUGUUCGUUUGACUCCCAGGGGGAUCAAGUGCUGUGAAUCUAUUCAAAUCAUCUCCAGGAACUUUACUUGGCAAACAGAGUUCUGGAUUUUGUUUGGGUUUAUCAGUCACUGCUAUUGGUAGAGGUAGAUAAUGCCAUAGUCGGGGCCAUUGAGACAGGCUUCUCACUUGUUAACCACAGAACAUCUGUAUACCACCCGUAUAGUGAACAUCUGAGGCAUCGGAGCACUGAGGCACACACGUUCAGUCCCAACCUGUCGACGGGUUAGGAUGGGUUAGGGCAUAGUGGUGUCAGGCAGUAAGCUUGUCUCAUUUCUCUACUUGUAGCAAUACCCCAAAUGGAAGAAUCUCCUCUGGCACUUUAUGAGCAUGUAAGUUUAAGCACAUAACAUGUCAAUGCCAGUUAUGUAUUUUCAUAAUAAUAGUACAUUGAAUUGGGCCAUGGGCCCCCCCGCCCCCCGCCACAAGGUCACUUUCUUCCUUUACUACAAGAUUUGCUCCCAUCCUGUCAGUUGAUUUUAGUCACUUUCCCCCCUAUGGGAACGUGGACCAAGAAGUUUAACACUUUCACAUUAGGGGCUUUAACAGUUGCCAAGAGAUGAUGUUAUCUCCCUGACUGGUAGCUCAGGAAGGAGCAGAAAGGGAGGGCGGCAGGCAAGGAGGUUUUGUUUUGUUUUAGGGUUUUCUGAUUUUUUUUUUUUUUUUUUGGCUCUAUAUUUCAGUGUUGGUGCCAGCUUCUCCCCUGUGCUCUUCCUAGUAUCUGGAGAGCACCCAGGGUCCAAGGAUCUUUCUUUUUGUCUUCUGCCCACCACCACGUCUCCCCAGUGCCCUGCAGUCCUGGGUACCUUUGGCCAGCCUGCAUCCAGUACCACAUCCCCCAGGGACUGGGUAGCAUGGUCACUUGGGCAUCUGUAUGUAACAGAGCUAUAAAAGUUUGAGUCACUUUCUUCCCCAGAGUCCCCCCAUCACACUUGGCUUUUCCCAUACAGCAGCCGAAGUCAGGGUGGAGGGUGCUGGAGGUAUUAGGUGUAGAGGGAGAGAACGACUCGUGCCAGGAAGCAACGCUUUGUGUUUACUUUUGGUUUUGAUCAGCUGCCCAGCUCGUGCUCUUGCUGGGUCUUUCGGUCUACUCAAAGUUGUAUUUCUUUGGCCACUGGCGGUCCAGUGUUUAAGACUCCGUGCUCCCAGUGCAGGGGGUGCGGGUUUGAUCCCUGGUGGAGGAACUAAGAUCCCACAUUAAAAAGUUGUAUUUCUUCAUUGCUGACAGCAUUUCUUUCAGCUCUGGGGACCCCUCGACUUAGCAGCCGCAGCUGGUUUCUUCUCAGCUUGCGCCAUGGGGUGCGCCCUCCUUGUUGUCCUGUUCACAUUCUUCCUCCUCCCACCUGAGGUGAGUGGGCAACAGCCAAGACACCAUUUGGGUGGCUUGUUUUAUUCCUACCUCUCCCUCGUACGUAGUCGAACGUUCACUAACAGGUAGACAGUAGGCAGCCUAUAAUCACCUCCAGCUUUCCCACCACUUGAGCGAAAGCAUUCACUGUUGGAGCGCAUUGAAUCGUAUCUCUUAACCCCACUCACUGGGGCACACCUUUUCCAAAGAACCAUGGCUCUCUCAAGUCAAAACUGGCAAGAGCUAUACAGGGUCUGGGAUUUUGCCCUGUUUACAAGCUAGCAAUUUAGCCUAUUAAAAUUUCAUGAGACACUGGCAGAAGACUCGAGACUCCUGGGUCAGAGACAAAGGACUUUGUAAAAAUAACCAGAGCUUCAUGUUAAUUUAUGUUGGUCCCUGGUGUUCUCAAGUCCCUUGGGGGGUGACAUAAAGAGCCCAUGAUGAAUGCUUGCACACACGGUAGUUUGUGUUACAGGAGAGGAACACUGAGUUUAGGCAAUUCACAGCUUUUAUAGUAAGCACAAGUAAGCCUGUUCUUUGUCUGGAGAAAGAUAUUACGUCAUCAUUCAAAGUUGCCCACUGCAAACACAGCCUUGAGAAAUGGCCUGGAAAAAGAGAAGUCAAAAUCCAGCAAGAACAUGCAGGGGUGCUCAGAGCUCAUGGCAGACUGCCUAUCCCAACAACGUCUCUUUCACUACUUAGCUGUAAACUGAGCAUUAUAAGGCCUGAAUUUAUGUGUGUAGUUUCUGGAAAUGAAUAUUAGAAGAGCUCUGAGAAAAUAAUGGUAGUAAUUAAGUUACUGUUUAUCUACUGUGUUCCAAGAACUGCUAAAUUCUUUAUGUAUUGCAUUAAUUUGCUAGGGUCGCCACAACAAAGUGCCACAUACUAGGUGGUUUAAACAACAGAAAUUUAUUUUCUCACAAUUCUGGAGGUUAGACAUCUGAGAUCAAGGUGUGGGCAGGGCUGGUUUUUUCUGGGGCCUCUCUCCUUGACUUGUAGAUGGCUGUCUUCUCCCUGUGUCUUCACAACGUUUUCCCUCUGUACCUGUCUUUGUCUACAUUUUCUUUUCUUGUAAGGACACCAGUCGUAUUGGAUUAAAGUCCACCCUGAUGACCUCACUUUAGCUUAAUUACCUUUUUAAGGACCUUAUCUCCAAAUAUAGUCACAUUUUAAGGUGCUGGGGUUUAGGACUUCAACGUAUGAACUGGCAGAGGGACACAAAUUAGCCCAUGACUCGUAUAUAGUCUCAGUCUUGGCAACAUCUAUUUUCUGCAUUUUUGGUUGAGGAAAUUAGCUUAGUGACAUUAAGAAACGUGCCCAAGGUCUCACAGAUAAUAGGUAGUAGAGCUCAAAUUUGAACUACGGUUUUAUCUGGCUCCAAAGUCUGUAUUUCUAAGCAUUAAUUGUGAUGUGAAGCAUUUUUUUUUUUCUAUAAGGUAACAACAAAACAAGAAAAGAGAAUGCCUGGUUUAUUUACAGGACUAAUUUAAAUGUAAUUAGAAAAUGUAAUUCGAUUAUCCUCAUGCUUGGGUAAAAGAAUAUCAUUUUUGGUUUGGUGCUUGUCUUAUAUGUGAUAAUGUGAGAGCUUUGCACAGGUAAUCAUUCCAAUUAUACAUACCAUCUUUGUUCAAAGUUAGGAAAUAACAGUGUUGAGUAUUGAACUGUUUUUAAAAAUAAAAUAUAUAAUUUUACUGGAGUAGAUAUAGAUACUUGUAUUCUCCCUCUGUAUGCUAUUAACAUUUAGUUUUUGUUAAGAUAUUAUGAAGAUUAUGAGUGCCACUAAUAUUAACAUAGAUGUUCAGCUCCUUUUAUAGAGUAGAUUUUUUUUGUGUGAA